CGCUCUCCCAUUGGUGCAUUUUUCACCGGAAGCGCGCCGACCAGGUGGUGCAGACAUGGCAGAAGCACUUCGCGAGCACGUCGCAGGAUCGCAAGUUACCACUGCUUUACCUCGCGAACGACAUUCUGCAGAACAGCCGCAAGAAGGGCCCAGAGUUCAUCCAGGAGUUCUGGCAGGUGCUGCCCUCCGCUCUCCAGGACCUCGUGCGCGUCGGCCCUGACAGCACGCGCAAGUCCACCCUCCGCAUCGUGGACAUAUGGGAGGAGCGCAAGGUGUUUGGGCAGCGCGACGAGCCGCUGAGGAAGCUGCUGCUGGGAGAUCUCGCCACCGCGCCGCCCGCCACGUCAGCCGCUCAGGCAGACGAGCAGCCUGCCGCGGGAGCGGUUAGCACGGCGAAGGUGCGCGGCCCUCUGGAGCGCAUAUCAUCGGUGUACGGAGCAGUGCAGGAUGCGAGCAAGGACGAGGACACGGCGGUGCGGCGCUGCAGUGCGAUCAUCAACGAGCUGCAGACCAUUGAGAAGGAGCUCACUGCUCUCAAGUCGCCUGCUAAUGCGUCUGAGGCGGAUGAGCGGGCAGUGGUGUUGGACAGGCUGGACACAAAGCGCCAUGUGCUGCAGCAGUGCUGCGACCAGAUGGCGGCGUGUGAGCGCAAGCGAGCGCUGCUGGUGAAGCUGCUGACAGAUGCGGUCAGGACACAAGAGAGCAAGCUGGAACGCCUGAGGUCACAGGUGGAGAUCGCGCGCACACAGUCGGAGAUAGCAGCCAACCUGCGCAAGCGAGCCACGGAGGAGGAUGCUGCUCGCGCCUCUGCUGGCCUCACUGCUGCAGCCAACCCCUCCGCUACUGCCCCUGCCACCACUGCUGCUGCACCAUCCGCCCCAGCAUUCUUCCCAGCCCCUGCAACAGCAGCGGCCCCUGCCGCUACAGCUGCACCUGCACCAGCGUUCGUUCUCCCCGGGUUCCAACCUCCCCCAGGCACGCCUCCUGAGAUGGUGGCUGCAGCCGCUGCUGCUGCUGCAGCUGCCGCCGCUGCUGUAAACACUUCUCAAGCCUCUACCCCUGCUGCUGCUGCCGCUGCCGCCGCUGCUUCUGCUGCUGCUGCCGGCAAUCCAGGUUUGUCGGCUGGUCUUGCUGCUGCAACAGGCCCGGGUGCCGGAGCUGGUGGGGUCACCGAUACUGAGCGGGAGGCUCGGCGGAAGCGGGCGGCGGAGCUGACGAGCCAGCUGGUUGCUUCGGCAUCAUCUGCCGCGAUUCUGAAAUCCGUUCUUUCGUCGUUUGCAGCUGGGCAAUCAGUAGCAGCAGGAGCCGCCGCUGCUGCUGCUCCGGCUGACGCUGCUGGUGCAGGUGGUGGGGCGGAUGGUGGUGGUGGCGGUGGUGGGGGGUUACAGAUCCCGGGAGCACCAGUUUCUGGGGCAGAUGCUACAAACGACCCUUCUCAGCCACCAGAGAAGCGGCUGCGACCCACCGAUACAAGCACACCGCCUCUGUCGCACUUGUUUGCAGCUCCUCCCGCCACCGCCGCUGCCUUUGCUCCCCCAAACCAUGCAAUGUUCCCCCCGCCCCCACCCCCACUGAACAUGGAUGGUAUGCCAUUUCCCCCCUUGCCCCCUCCUCCCCCUCUCCCUACUCAAUCCCCUCCUCCCCAACAGACCUCUGCUGCUAUGCCGCAAUAUUCUCUUGCCCCCCCUCCCCCUCCCUAUACUGCUUAUCCUCCCAAUGCUGCCACUGGCGCUCCCCCCCCUCCUUAUAAUGUACUAGGGCAGGGUAAUGGGGGUUAUCAGGGGCAAGGGCAGAUGGGGCCAGGGGAUGGGGGUAUGGGAGGGAAUGUUGGAGGGCAAGGGGGGGAAUAUGCUGGGCAAAAUGGAGGGGGGGUGUACAACGCGGGGGUGUUCGUCGCGCGCUGUUUCCUCCGCCACCCUCCGGCGUCCGCGCGUCCACCCGCGCUACUCGCCGCGCCCGUUCCUUCCGAACCAGCUCGCCCCGCGCCUAGCCUUCCCCACGGCCGCGCCGCCGCCCGCGCAUUGCGCUUCCCUCGCGCCGCUAUGCGAACACCUUGCGUGGGAGCUUUUGCUGGGAAUGGCGGGGAGGGCGGAAGCGCGGCGAGACCGCGGAUUGACGGUUCCUGUGGUGUGGCGGCGGCCGCAGGCAGUGGCGGCGGCGGCGGCGGCGGCGGCGGCGGCGGUGGCAGCUCGAGCAAGUGGGCGGGCUCGGUGUGGACCGCGCAGGAGAUUGCUGACGUGGCAGGCGGCGCCGUCGUCAGGGACGGCCCGCCGGGGCGCGUCUGCACUGACACGCGCCAGCUGGCGCCCGGCGAUUGGUUCCUGGCUCUGCGAGGGCCGCGCUUCGACGGCACGGAUUUCCUGGAAGAGGCGGCGCGGAGGGGGGAAAGCGGGAAUGGGGAAGAGGGGGAAUGCGCGGAAGUGGGGUUAAGAGAAGAAAAGGGAGCAAGGGAACCAAACUUGCCUCCGAACCUUCUGCCAGAGGGAUGGCAGGGAGGGUUGGUGGUGGUGCCAGACACGCUCGGCGCGCUGCAAGGCUUGGCGAGGGAGGCUCGGCGGAGAUUCGGCGGCGUGGUGGUGGGGGUGACAGGCAGCAUGGGGAAGACCACGGCGCGGGCUUUAACUGCCCUCGCUCUCUCGCCCCUGGGGGCCGUGCACCAGACCCAGGGCAACCUGAACAACCACAUAGGAGUGCCGCUCACUCUCUUAGCUCUCCCUCAGUCAUCAGCAGCGUGUGUGGUGGAAAUGGGAAUGAGUGCUCGAGGCGAAAUCGCCCUCCUCUCCACCAUCGCCGCUCCCUCCAUCCGCGUCCUUCUCAACGUGGGUCCCGCUCACAUCGGCGACCCCUCGCUGGGUUCUCUGGAAGCCAUAGCAGAGGCCAAGGGGGAGAUGCUGGAAGAUGCAACGCCAGGCGAUGUGUGCGUGGUGAAUGGGGACGACAGUCUUGUCAUGGGGCUGCCGAUAAAGAAAGGAGUCACACGGGUAAGUCUCCACCCAGCCACUCCCUCCCCAUUCCCCUGCCCCCCACACACCUCGGAGACCCCACACCCGGCUGGGUCGCUGGAAGCCAUGGCAGAGGGCAAGGGGGAGAUGCUGGCUGAUGCGCGGGAUGGAGAUGUAUCACCUUUGGUCGCUCCCCCGCCAGUGAUGUGCAGCUGCUGUGGGCGCGCGCAGUGGAUGGCGGCAUGGCUGUUGAAACCGCCAUUCGCAGCAACCUGCCUCGCGGCACAGGAGGAGGAGGAGGAGGAGGAGGAGGAGGAGGAGGAGGAGGAGGAGGAGGAGGAGGAGGAGGAGGAGGAGGAGGAGGAGGAGGAGGAGGAGGAGGAGGAGGAGGAGGAGGAGGAGGAGGCGCAGCAGCGGGAGCCGGAGCCGCAGCAGCAGGAGCAGAAGCUGUGCAUGCUCCGCACACUCCACGAGAUCAAUGCUGACGGCAACACGGUGCGAGUGAAGAUCAACAGCCCCGGGCUGCAUCUGGCUGACAACGCCCUUGCGGCAGCAGCCGUGGCGGUGGCGGCAUGCGUGCCUCUGCCAAUGGCGGCGCGACACAUGGCACGAUACGAGCCCGUCGGGAUGAGGAUGCGGGUCGAGCGGAUACGAAGAGGCCGCCACGUGGCGGUGCUGGGUGACAUGCUGGAGCUGGGCAGCCAAUCAGAGAGCGCACACUUGGACGCGCUCUCUCUCUGCCUCUCCCUCUCGGGAAUAUCUCUCGUUCUGACAGCUGGGGCGGGCUUUAAGUCUGCCCUGGCGAAGAUGGUGCAGAGGGGAGCGAGGGGAGGUGCAGGGGAAGGAGUGGGGGGUGGGGAUGAGGAUGUUUCCUUUCUCGCUCCCCAGCGCACAUCCCUCUCCGCCUCGUCCCCGCGCCAACGCCUUCCGCAAAGGCCCGCACGGCCAGUAGCCGCGGUCGCGGCGGAAACCGCCUCCGCGGAAGACGACGUCCCGCCGCCAGGGUGCUCGCGGAUCAAAAUCGAGCUCACGCGCCCGCUGGGGCUCGUCCUAGAGGAGCGUGCGGGGGGGAUUUUCGUGGCGGAGGUGGCGCGCGGGGGGAACGCGGAGGCGACGGGGCUGGUGGACGCGGGCGACCAGCUGAUUGCGACGAGUGCGAUCGUGUUCGACGACAGCGACUCGUACGGCGGGGUGGUCGUCAAGAAGGGCAUGCGGAUCGUACGGUUCAACGUUCGCGGCGAGAAGUUUGACACGGUCAUGGCUGCAAUCGGGACACAUCCGUCGUAUCUCAAGGUCGCCAUAGAGCUGCAGAAGUGCAAGCCUCUCACCAGGGACCCCACCACCUCGUAG